CUCCCUUAACAGGAGCAGACCUGAGGGUAAUGUUCCUUUCCAUUUUGAGUCCAAAACACCACUUGAACUUUUUAAAAGCAUGCUUUACUUUUAGACUUAAUGAAGUUAGUUUCUAAAAGAAACUAGGUGGCUGAAGCUAUGUCUUCCUGUUCUUCACAAGAGACUUUAGGAAAACUAAGAUAUCAAAAUGUCAUAGUUAAACAGGCCCGACGGGCUGCGGCGGUGGGCUGUGGGAAGUUUCCCCUGUGAGCAGGGAGCCCCCGCCCCCGCACGAAGGGCAAUGCUCUCCCGCAGCCCUUGGACGUCUGGCACGCUGGCCUGCUAGAUCUGGCUCCACCCUUCUCCCAGCUACAGCCCAGCCCAGUCUCUGGACCUCUCCUUGAGCCCCUGGACUGUCCCCCGACCUCUGCCCGAGUCUUGGUGAAGGCCAGCAUGCCCAGGUCCUUCACAGGCUCAUCCUGCGCAGGGCGGACUCUUGCCGGCCGCUCUGCUGUGAGCAGGCAGGGUUAGGGCUGGUCAUCCCUCAAGCCUGGCUGGCCGGGUCACCGAUCCCCUGAGUGGCGCCUCGGCCCCAGCUCGGUCGCCCUUUCUCCCCCAGCGCAGAGGUCCAGCUCUUGCACCCACUCCUGCAGACGGAGCGUGCGGGUCACGAGUGCCAGCUGGUCUUGCGUCGUCGGCGAUGACAUGGCCUCGGAGACGGACGUGCGCGCCCAGCUCCAGCGCGCGGGCCAGGAGCAUCUGAUGCGCUUCUGGGGCGAGCUGGCCCCGGGGCCGCGCGCCGCGCUGCUGGCGGAGCUGGCGCUGUUGGAGCCCGACGCGCUGCGCGAGCACUGUAAACGAGCAGCGGCGGCCUGUGCGCGCACCUCCGGGCCCCCGCCGGACUUGGCCGCGCGCCUGCGGCCCCUGCCUCCAGAGCGCGUGGGCAGCGCGAGCCGCGGCGACCCCGAGAUGCGGCGGCGUUGGGAGGAGGAAGGUUUCCGCCAGAUUGCCCUGAACAAGGUGGCAGUCCUGCUGCUGGCGGGCGGCCAGGGCACUCGACUGGGGGUCUCCUACCCCAAGGGCAUGUAUCAUGUGGGGCUGCCCAGCCAGAAGACCCUGUACCAGCUGCAGGCGGAGCGGAUCCGGCGGGUGGAGCAGCUGGCUGGCGAGCGCCACGGGACUCGCUGCACUGUGCCCUGGUACAUCAUGACCAGUGAGUUCACGCUGGAGCCCACUGCCAAGUUCUUCAAGGAGCAUGACUUUUUCCACCUGGACCCUGCCAAUGUGGUCCUGUUUGAACAGCGCAUGCUACCUGCUGUGACCUUUGAGGGCAGGGUCAUCCUGGAGCGGAAAGACAAAGUUGCCAUGGCCCCAGAUGGCAACGGGGGUCUGUACUGCGCUCUGGAGGACCACCGUAUUCUAGAGGACAUGGAGCGUCGGGGAGUGGAGUUCGUGCACGUGUACUGUGUGGACAACAUCCUGGUGCGGCUGGCGGACCCGGUCUUUAUCGGCUUCUGCGUGUUGCAGGGUGCGGACUGUGGCGCCAAGGUGGUGGAGAAGGCAUACCCUGAGGAGCCAGUGGGUGUGGUAUGCCGGCUGGACGGUGUCCCCCAGGUGGUGGAGUACAGUGAGAUCAGCCCUGAGGUGGCCCAACUGCGUGGCACCGAUGGUGGCCUGAUUUACAACGCAGGCAACAUCUGCAAUCACUUCUUCACCCGGGACUUCCUCCAGACUGUCGCCAGGGACCGUGAGCCCCUGUUGAAGCAACACGUGGCGGUGAAGAAGGUUCCCUACGUGGAUGAGGCGGGGCACCUGGUGACACCGCUGAAGCCAAACGGCAUAAAGAUGGAGAAGUUUGUGUUCGAUGUGUUCCGGUUUGCGGGGAACUUCGUUGCCUUCGAAGUGCCUCGGGAGGAGGAGUUUUCCCCCCUGAAGAAUGCAGAGGCGGCCGGCAGGGACAACCCUUCCACUGCCAGGCGGGCCCUGCUGGCUCAGCACUACCGGUGGGCUCUGCAGGCGGGGGCCCGCUUCCUGGAUGCACACGGGGCCCAGCUUCCUGCGCUGCCCUGCUUGCUCCCAAAUGGAGACCCUCCGGCCAUCUGUGAGAUAUCGCCCUUGGUGUCUUACUCUGGAGAGGGUUUGGAAAUGUACCUGCAAGGUCGGGAGCUGCAGUCCCCGUUCAUCCUGGAUGAGGAGCAGGCCAGGGUUCUGCAGCUGCAGGAGACCUGACUUUCUCCCAGGCCUGCAGCAUGGGGGGGCCUGUGGGUGGGGACACAGCCCUGUCCUGCAUUCUGCUGGAAUGCAGGCUGCUGUGCACCUCCAGCCUGCAGAACCCAGAAGGGAAUGUGCUCCUUCACUGCAUGAAGAGCCCCUUCCUCCAUCACUGUGGACACGAGUGACCACCAGCCUGCUGUGGGCUUUUUGGCUUCAUUUCUGGGUCUGGGGUUCUGGCUGGGAGGUUUCAGGACCUCAGAGAAUGAUAAUGAAAAGUGUCAUCGGGGUGGGGUGGGAGGGAGGUGUGCAUCUGGAGGGCCCAGAGUAGGGGAUGUCCCCGUCCCUCUGGAAGCCACCCUGACCAAUGUGCAGGCCCACUGCCUUUUUGGCAGACAUGGGGAGGCACGCUGGCCAUGGCCAGGGCGCUGUUCAGACUUCAGAUGAGGAAAUGAAACAAGCAGACAGGUCUCGUUGCCUCAAAGGGGGAUGCUUAAGGGGCUGUCCCUUCCCUCCUCGGCAGCUUAACCAGUAAUGGGUGAGGUUGGGGUCCUCACCCUGCGUGCCACACGGAGGCCAACAAGAGGUCUGGCUGUCCAUGGCAAAGGCUCUGAGCAGCUGGGCAGCACACUGGCUCUCUUGCCUUCCUCUUGGCCACGUCUGUAGGUGCUGUGGCUGCAGAUUGAGUGCUUCCCCGGGAACCAGUGAGGCCGGUGGGGGGACCGCCGGGUGGUUUCUCCUUAGUCACAGUCAGCUGGGUUAGGAGCACAGCUCUCGCCCUGCCUGCCUGUAGCUGCAACAGAACAUGGCGCUUGGGCUCCUCCAAGCACUUGGUGCUCUUCCUGUGCUCCAGGUGAGGCUCCGUCUUCACUAGCACACCUGCCUUCCACUGCGGGAGGGCAGGGCACACACCCCACUGAUGUGAGAUGGGCUGGGAACUGGCCUGUGCCCGCAAGGCCGCCUGCCCACCCCUGCAGCGCCCACCCGUCCCCAUCUGUUUUCCAGGGGAGGGAUGCUGCCGGGAAGGGUGGGUCUCUCCGGGACAUGGAGCCCAUCCUCCCCACCUGAGCCAGAGGGCCUUAGUGGGCCCGUGCCCUCGCAGUGCCGGCUUCCCCAAGGCCCUGCAGGGUACCACUGCCAACCUCAAGCAGCUCGCGUGCCUUGGCACCUGUCAGGCAAGCAGAUGGCCCAGGCAGGAGACAGCCUUGGCCAUGUCCUGCCCACAGCUGUGCCUCCUGGCUGUAACUGGAACCGUCAGGACACCUUUCCUGUGGAAGUCAGGCAGUUGGGUGAAUUCUUGGGAGAACUGAAGAAGAACCCAGUCACUCCUCCACAUGGGUGUCAAGGACAGGGGACCUGUGCCGGGCCAGCUUCCCCUGUUGGGUGCCUUUGGUUUCUGUGUGUUGUCUUGGGUGCUGGGGAUCGACCCAGGACGCUCUUACUGCUGAGCUGCACCCCCAGCCCUUUUUACUUACUUAUUUUGAGAUGGGGCCUUGCUAAGUUACUGAGACUGGCCUUGAACUUGUGGUCCUCCUGCCUCAGGCUCCCCAGUUCCUGACAUUACGGUCCUGUGCCGCUGUCCCCAGCUCACGUUUGCAUCGUACAUGGUUGUAGUGCAGUGCUGAACCAGGAAAGCGACAUGGGACAGCGUUCCGCUGCGUCCGAGGUGCAGGACUGUCCCCGUCACAGACCCCCUCGGGCUUCCCUUCUUACUCACACCCUCCACCCCAAGCCCAGCCCUCCCCGAAGAGGCUACCAGCUCUUGAAAGUGCCCCCAUCUUCACGCCACAUGGACACUUGCAAUAAACAAGGUGCCGAGAUU